AUGCCCCCAACUGUCCCUAUUAAUCAUUACGGCGAUCCUAGAAACCAACAAAAUAGAACCGCACGAAGGCCCGGCCAAACAGUACACGCCGUAAAGCGGACCGACCGGCCAGGCCUGAAGUUCAACUACGAGCUUUUUAACUGCAACAACUUUAAUAUACGCUAUUGGAGCUGGAAUUACCGCGGCUGCUGGCACCAGACUUGCCCUCCAAUUGUUCCUCGCUCCCUCUCCGGAAUCGAACCCUUAUUCCCCGUUACCCGUUGCAACCAUGGUAGGCCUCUAUCCUACCAUCGACAGUUGAUAGGGCAGAUAUUUGAAUGA